GCUCCGGUCGGCCCCAGAGGUUCCUAAACGCUUCUGACAGCUGGCUGACAGUGCAGCAGAAACAUGAGGCAGCACUGCGCGCUCAAACAUGGAAUAUUCAAGGAAUUCCUGGCUGAGUUUCUCGGGACUUUUGUCUUGGUAUUGUUUGGCUGUGGCUCAGUUGCUCAGACCGUCCUGAGUCGAAACACGCUGGGCGAGCCGCUCACCAUCCACAUCGGCUUCUCUGUGGGCCUCAUGAUGGCAGUGUACGUGUCUGGUGGGGUGUCAGGAGGCCAUGUGAACCCCGCUGUGUCUCUGGCCAUGGUGAUUCUGGGCAAACUGAAAAUCUGGAAGUUUCCCUUCUACGUCAUCGCUCAGUUUCUUGGUGCUUUUGCAGGAGCUGCGGCGGUCUUCGGAUUAUAUUACGAUGCUUUCAUGGACUUCACAAGUGGUAUUUUGUCAGUGACAGGAAUCAAUGCGACGGGUCACAUUUUUGCCUCUUACCCCGCCAGACACCUGUCAGUCCUCGGAGGCUUCAUUGAUCAGGUGGUGGGGACGGGCAUGCUGGUUCUCUGUAUCCUGGCCAUCAUAGACGGCGGGAACAUUGGCGCUCCUAAAGGCGUGGAGCCGCUGGCCAUCGGCCUGAUCAUCAUGGCCAUCGGCGUGUCCAUGGGACUCAACUGCGGCUACCCACUGAACCCCGCCAGAGACUUCGGACCCCGACUGUUCACCGCAGUGGCAGGAUGGGGGAUGGAGGUCUUCAGCACUGGAGGCUACUGGUGGUGGAUCCCAGUGGCGGGGCCCAUGGUGGGAGGCGUGGUGGCCGCCGUCCUCUACUUCCUGCUCGUCGAGCUUCACCACCCCCACGACGAGGAUGAGAAGGCCCACGAGGUGGAGGAAGAGGAAGAAGAGGAGGAGGACGACGAGGACAGCAGUCUUAAGGACAAAUACGAGAUGAUCGCCAUGAGUUAGAAGACAUUUAGGUCCUCCUCAGUCGUGGUGGCGGUGGCUGUGCUCCAUCCGCUCGCCAGUAAAACCACCUUCCCCCCUGUGAAGAGAGGCUUCCUCUUGUCAGCGUGUUCUCGUUUUUUGACUUCAUGCUGUGCAGAGAGAAAUUUUUUUUCAGCUCGGCGGCGA